AUGGGGUCGAAAGCGCGUGGUGGAGGCAGGUGGAAAGAGGGUGUGCGUCCGGAGGAGGCUGCGCGCCCAGAGGACUGGUACACGACUGGGGAGGCUGCGCGGUACUCGAAGAACAGCGUCACGGAACGCAUCCAGACUGAACUCACAAGCGUUGCCCUCGACUUGGCGUCAGCGGCGGCUCCCGCGCUCGCGAACGCCGACGAGGCGCACCUAGUCGGCGAUCUUGGAUGCGGGUCUGGCCUCAGCGGCGCCGUUCUGCACGAGCGCGGCCUCAAUUGGAUUGGCGCGGACAUCAGCGAAAACAUGCUCCAAAUCGCGCAGCAGUCCGGCGGCCCUGCGCGCGGCGCCACCGUCCAAGCCAACCUGGCGCACCCUCUCCCCCUCCGGAACCACGUCCUCGACGCCGCGAUCUCGAUCUCCGCGGUCCAGUGGCUCUGCUUCCCCCAGCCCAACAAGGACGACCCCGCGGCCCCGCCCGCCACCCCCCCGAACGCCGCCAUCGACACAUUCUUCCGUAGCGCUGCACGCUGCCUCCGUCCGGGCGCGCCCGCGGUGCUGCAGGUGUAUCCGGGGUCCUCCGCGGACCUCCGCGCGCUCGAGGCCGGCGCGGCGCGCCACGGCAUGCGCGGCGGCGCGUUCGCGGAGCUCCCGCACGGGGGUACAACCCAGAAAUAUUUCAUGUGUCUGACGGCACCUGACGUCACUCCCGCGCCCUCGGAGGCCACGGGGAAGCGCGCGGCGCCGGCGUGCAGCGGCGAGGAGCGCAGCGCGCCGCCGCGGAAGCUCCAGCGGACCGACGGGCGCGCGCAGGGGCGUCCUGACGCGCGCUCGCAUGACGCGCUCACGGCUGACUCAGGGAGCGACUCGGCGCAGACCCCCCUGCGCGCAGAACCCCCCCGGCGGCCCGCGCAGCCGAAGCAGCUCCUCGGGCCCGUCCUCGGCCCGCACGGCACGGCGAUCCAGCGCCCGUGCUGCCCUCUGACCUUCCCCUGGGUCGAGUGCUGCGCGGGGGGGUGGUAUAACGCGUGCUGUGGGUCGACGCACGCGGGCCAGGAGCGGCUCCGCAGCGGGCACUUCGCGCACGGCCGGCGGGCGCUCCGCGUCCUGCGGCGCGCGAUGCGCGGGACCGCCAGCAUCGUCGGCGGUGGGCAGGCGCCGGCGGCGAGCGCUGCCGGGGAAGCUCGGCCGAGCUGGACGGCCCGCGGCGCCGCGUGGGGGAUUCCGGGCUGCGCGGAGAGCUGCGUGUGGCUCGCGGACGCCGACGCGGGCUCGCGCGAGGCCGCGGACGACGUGAUUCGCGGGCUCGCUGAGGCGUGCAAGCUGGCUGACGUCAGGGUCGAUGUCGAGUCGGACUCGCUGCGCGAGGCCCCCGGGGAGGUCGCGGUGGCCGCGGGCGGCCCGCCCGCGGGCGCGGCGGGCGGCGGGGACCAGGGCCGCGGCGACAACAUGCGGUGGCAACGCAGCAACGUUCAGCCGUGGGCGGCGGUGGAGGUCGGGUGCCUGGCGUGCCAGGGUAUGCACGAGAUGGUCACGCUCGGGGUCGGAUGCGGCGAGGCGGGCGUGCGCGCGGCGGUGAUGUCCGCGCAAACGCUCUGCGCGGCCGUGGGCGCCAGCACCGUGGGCGUGUGGGCACGCGGGACGGCGCGCGGGGCGCGGCUGGUCCUGCUGAUGUGCACGCCGUUUUUGCCGGAGCGCGACGGCACGACGACGUUCGCGGCGCUGGAGGGGGCGCUGCGGACUGUCGAUGCGCACCGUCGCACGUGGCGCGGCGAGCAGCCACUGUCGUGA